AUGCAAGUACCGAGCAUUGUAUCUGGUUUUAUUGUGUUCGUUGUUCUCCUUCCGCGCUUUACGACUGUGGGGCUUGUUUUGUGUGUUUCUUCAACCUCACGUUUUUCGCUUGCUCAUUCCACCUGGAAUGACGCCGCGCGUGAAAACGUUGGCUUCUGCUCGCUCUCCUUCGUUCCCUUCUGCGUUGCAUCGGUGGGGCGUGCGCGCAGACAAUCAGCAAACAAACAAACAAAAAUUGGUUACUCCUCCAACGAGCUACUUUUGCUUUCUUCUCUGUUUUUUUUUGUCUUCUGGUGCAGUAAGAUGCAGAACACAACGGCACGACGGGGUGAAAGGCGGGCAGGCGGUGCGGCGCGGCAGCGCAGACGCGGAGCCCGGAAGAAAAGAAGAGGUCAUAAUAAACAUCAAAAAAAGAACGCCGUCACAGCUUUAACGGCGGCUGCGGGAAACGAUGAGGAAACGCAACCACAAAAAACAAAAAGCAAAGAAAAAGGCAAACAGGCGAAGAGAAGAAUAAGUCCUUCGUUUUACUGUUCUCUUUAA